GUUGUGCACUUUGAACGCUAUGGCCACCAUUGGACACUUUGCUCCCCUCGAUCGAAGGCCGCCGAAGGCCGCGGCGAAUGCCGUUGGCUGCGCCGCGCGGGACCUGGCUAUGUGCCUGGAUCAGCCGGUGGGGACUACUGUGCUGCUGCCCAAGGCGCUGAACAUUGCCGGCCGCGACUUCGUUUCCGCCCGGAUCCUACGGGAGUUCAAGACCAAGAGUAGGGCACGACUGGUGCAGAUGGAGCCGGGCCGCGUGCUGUUUGUGGUGAAGUUUGAGAACUUGUCGCAGGAAUACGCCAUCAUGGCGGCGCUGCGCUACGUGAAUCGCUGUUGGCGGAAGAGCCAUCUCUGCGUGGGCCAGGAGCCGGUGCAAGCCAUUACCUUUGGUAUUUUCCCGCUCUCAUCGACCUUAGGCUUCGUAGAGGUGGUCUCUGAAAGUCGCACGCUCCGAGAACUCUCCGAGGGAGUUCCCUUCAACGAACGGCAAUGGCGCGUCCUGCGAGCGUUGAAUCAGGACGCGCGGAAACUGGACCGCCUCGCGGCCAGUGUCUGUGCUUACCUCACCUCCAGCUAUAUCUUGGGGAUCCGGGACGGGCAUGACGACAAUUUGAUGCUGCGCCGCGACGGGCGGCUCUUUCGUGUGGACUUCGGCUUCGCUUUUGGGCGGACCCCAGAAAUCGACGCGCCUGGCCUCUUCGUGCCCAACGCGGUGUUCCUGGCGCUGGGGGAAGCGCGAUGGCAACAGGUGGUCGCCAGCUGCAAAGCAGCUCUGCAUGUGCUGGGCACGGAUCGCGAAAAGCCGCCGGGCUGGGAGUGUCUGGUGAAGAUGCAGCCAGUGACGGUGCCCGAACUGAAGUGUUUGCUCCCGGAGGUGCACGACUACACCAAAAGCUUAAGCUAUAGCUCCUUUGAGGAUCAGGUGGAGCGCGCCUGUGACUGGACGCUGCAGCGCGCAGCGAAGAACACCUUGCGCGAGGCCCUGCGCUACGUCACAGCCGAACAGGAGGUGGAAGACAACGCCUGGCUUGGCGUCCUGGACCCCUUCGGCCUUUUGACUGCCGACACGCCGCCGGCUGCGCCGGUCACAGCAGUGACGCUGCAAGCGUCGCCGGCGCCAUCUGUGGAUGCCAACAGGAGGCGUGGGUUCAUGACAGUUUAUAGCAACCCCAAAAUAGGUAAAAAAGUAUAG